AAUAUGGCGGUCAGUUGUCGAUUUCCAAUUCUCUAGGUUACAUUCAGAAAAGCAAGAACAACUACAGUGAAUGGUUUUUUUAUGGUGCUUGAGAAUGAAGAAAAUUCUAUGUUCAUCUCUUACCUCAUCAUAAGAAACAAAAUUUAGCUUGAAUAAGCUAAAACUGUUCUGAUCACUUCCGGCUUUGGUGUGCAUGUGUGCUGUUGCAGGAUUUUCCAACUCGUGGUGAAUGUUUGAAGGAAAAAUCCGCAAUGUCUAAACGCAAAAAUGAAGAUUCAGGUCUAGGUGGGAUCAAGCAUUUCAAAAAGGAAAAAAAUCUCUCCAGCAGUGAUUCAGAUGAGGACGUUUCUUCACCAUCAUAUGCAAACUUCCUGCAGUAUGAUCAGAAACCUGUCUUCAGUGAUGUUGUCAAGAAACAGAUGGCGAGAAUGGGCUAUAAACAGGAAUUUGGUCUUGGAAAGUCAGAACAGGGAAAGUCUGAGCUUUUAGAGGAUAGUAAGGAAAGAGAUCCUAUUAAAGAUGAGAUGAACAGUAACCCUCAACCAGGAUCUGGAUACAGUACGUUUGCUAAAAAACAAAUGCAAAGAAUGGGCUUUAAAGAGGAAGGAGGUCUUGGCAGAUAUGGACAAGGAAGAUCUGACAUUAUUGAGACUUCUCAACAGCGUGGAAGGCGCGGUCUGGGUUUCAGGGUUGAAGGCUUUGAUGACAAAGAUUUUUCAUGGGAAGAGGAAGAGGAAGUAGUCAUAGUAGAGCACAGGACAUGCAUUCCAUCGUGUCCCAGACCUCCACCAACAAGAGAAGAGAUGGAGGACUGGGUUGGAGUUAGUAAGAAAAAAUUGUUUAUUGAUGAUGAAACAGAAUUCUGCAGUGAGGAGGUUCUAUCAGAGGUUCUCAAGAGCAAGACUGUUUUCGAUGCUCUUAGUGGAGAUGAGUUCCUCAAAGCAAGAACACGAGCCAAUCCAUAUGAGUUUAUCAGAGGGGCUGUCUUUCAAAAUAGGGCAGCAAUGAAAAUGGCUAACAUGGACUCUGCUUUUGACUUCAUGUUUACCAACCCGAAGAAUGACAGAGGAAGGGAUGUGGUUGGACCAAAUGAUUUAUUAUACUUUGCGGAUAUUUGUGCCGGACCUGGUGGUUUUUCAGAGUAUGUUCUGUGGCGAAAGGGCUGGCAAGCUAAAGGAUUUGGCUUCACUUUAAGAGGUGACAAUGAUUUUAAGCUUGAAGAGUUCUUAGCUGGAACACCAGAAACAUUUGAGCCACAUUAUGGAGCAAAUGAUGAUGGAGACAUCUUCAAUGAAGAUAAUCUGAUUGAGUUCAGAAGAUUUGUGAUGGAGUCAACUGAUAACAAAGGAGUUCAUUUUGUGAUGGCAGAUGGUGGUUUCUCUGUGGAAGGGCAGGAAAAUAUACAAGAGAUUCUCAGCAAACAGUUGUAUUUAUGCCAAUUCCUUUGUGCAAUAUCCAUACUAAGACAAGGAGGCCACUUUGUCUGCAAGUUGUUUGACGUGUUCACUGCGUUCAGUGUUGGUCUUGUGUACCUAAUGUACCGAGCAUUUGAUGAGGUAUAUGUCUUCAAACCUGUAACCAGCAGACCAGCAAACUCUGAGAGAUAUCUAGUAUGCAAAGGUCUUCGUGGAAACAUUGAAGCUGUUCAUGAGCACAUGUUUAAUGUGAAUGUCAGAAUUAAUAAAUUAAAAGCUGGAGCUGUGGAGGAUGUAAAUGAGAUUGUCCCAUUGCAUAUCCUGAAGGAAGAUGAAGAGUUCUUGUCAUAUAUGAUUGAAUCAAAUGAAAGAAUUGGAAGGCAACAAUUCAAUGCACUGAAGAAACUAAGAGGUUAUGUCCAGGAUACGACAUUGAUGGGUCCUUACGACCAAGGGGAUGUCAAGAAAAAGUGUUUAAAGCAGUGGAAGGUUCCUGAGCAAGCCCGCGCAGCUCAAAGGAUGCCAGAUCCUGAUCUUAAAUUUGAUGAGCUUUGGAAGGGAAAUGAUGAUGAUCAUUGCUUUGACUCUGAAGCUACAGUGUUAACUUCAAGGAACAUCCAAAACCUUAAGUGUCUGUACAACUACAAGUGCUUUGUGUCAGGAGGGGGAAGGUUCUUUCUUAUGGGCCUUGGGCGAGGUAACAUCUACAAAUGGAAUGGCAAGCCAAACUUUGGUAGCUCAACCAGGUGGCACAAAUUGGAGAAUUUUCAGCUCGAACUUCCUCGGGAUACUCUGAUUGAGGUGGAAAUAGUGCAAGAGCUUCGUGGAGAAGGCAAAGGACAGAGAAGAUCUGCAGCAGUUCAUAUUGUGGAUGCUGUCAUUCUUGGAGGUAAAGAUGUGAGGAGUAAACACUAUCACGAGAGAAUGGCUAUGGCGGGUUUACUUAUAAAAGCUGUCACCAAACCGACAUGCCCAGCAAUGGUUCCUCUCAGGCUCAAACAAGUUUUUCGUGUUGACAAUAGUUCACUUAAAGAAAUAUUCUCAAAGAUUGAGAUGAAAAUUGUCAAAGGAAUGGGCAGAGAACCAAGGGAGUGCUUUUUGCUGGAAGAUGGACGACACCUUGUCCCCAAAGGAAUUUUCUUUAUUAAACGUAUUCAAGAACCUUGGACUUAUGCUCACAGUCGCUCCGCUAAGCAGUUAUAUUUUUACAACAAAGACACUCAUGAGUCCACGUAUGAAAUUCCCAGAGAUUCGGUGGCUUCUUUCAAAUCAUCACUUGGCACACGGUAUUACUGGCCAUGGGAAGAUGUGGAUUUAAGUCACGAUGAAGGACCAAGAAUGGAAAGAAAUAAUCUCAUUGAAUUCUUCACUGCUGCACAAAAUGAAUUUAUCCAUGGUCCUCCUAGAAAAUAAGAUCACCAGCUGAAAAAAGGGGUGCGAUGGAUCUGUGUAUAAGGCUGUCUUGCUGUCCUUCUUACCAAAGAAACUGCCAAGUUAACUACCUUCUAAAACUGAGACAGAAGGUGAUUGACCAAAAGAACUUACUAAGGUGAAAAGACAGUACAAAUUGUGGAAACCAUUUGGGAAAGUGGAACCCAUUUGAGUUGGCCAUUCCCUGAGACUUGGAAAAUCACCUGAACUAUUCAUUCACUUUGCCCAGACACAGUUGUUUUGAAAACCAGUGUCAGAUGGAGUUUGAUUUCAAACUGCACAAUUGAUUUGUUUUGUAUGUGUCCCCUAGGUGUAUUACAAUGUUUGCCUCAAAAAAUUUACUUGACAUCACUUUCCCCAAAUCCUGUUUACUACUGUAUGAUUUAUAUGGUUGCUUCAAGGUGCCUUUCUUUACACAGGUAACAAACAAUUGCCAUAUUAUAGACGUUUGCUGUUUCAUACAGGGUAGUUAUUUUAUUCAAGUUACACUGUUGAACCUUUUUAUAUAGCUUUAUUUAUAUUUGAAAUUAUGGUGUUUGCCCUAGUUCCUAGUGAUUGUAUAGGUAGAAUUUAUGUUUAUGUUAAUGCAAGCCAAUCAGAUUGGAGCAAAAAUAAAACAAGCAAUCAAAUUGCAUUCAUCAAAAUUUGUUCCUUUAACAUUUGAUGUACUGUUUAUGUGUAGUUAAAUAUUUUCACUCCCAUGAAUGACCAGGAAAGAAUUUCUCCUUACAAUAUUAAUACAACAUAGC